UACUGUUCCUUUCAUUUCCCUUCCCCUCCCUUCCUAACAAAUAAUAUUCACCUAAUCCACGAGUCACUGUGGGCCGUCCAUUUCUUUUUCUCCUUUCGUUGUUUUCUUUAAUGCAUCGAUAGUUGACACUCAAGAUUGUUUUUAGGUUACUACAUGCGAAUUUGUUGUCUUGUCUUGCCGUUAGGCUAGAGGAUUUUCUUCUCUUUUUUUUGUAGGGCUAGGAGAGAGGUCUUUUGCUUGAUUGUUUGUGCUCUAGCUCCUCCUACCAAAAUUUAUGAUGACGGUGAUGUGUUAUAUGCGCUACUUAACUCCCUCCAUGCUUUAACUAAAGUUGUAGGCUUCGAAUUUAUACAUCUAAAAAGUUUUUACUAAAAAGAGCAGAAACAGUAAAUGUCCGGUCCUGAUAGGCGCUCUUUCUCUUCUUCUUGUCCCUCUAUUUCACAUCCGAGCUCCUCAAGUGUCCCAGACAGUGAUAUGCUUAACGGAGUGCUAAACAUGUCACCCAAACUGUCCCUUCUUUCGAAUUCUAUUGCAAAGUUGAAGAGCACAGUGUCUCGCGAGGCUUCACUGAAUUGGGAUUCUGAGAACACAGUGGGUUGUAGUUCCAUCAUAUCUAUUCCUAGCGAUCACACCCCAACGCCAAAGUCUUCUGCUGUACUGAGGAAGGAGAUUGCCACACUAGAGGCUGAAAUAUUGCAUCUGGAGCGUUAUCUUCUUUCACUGUAUCGUACAGCUUUCAAUAAGCAGCUACCUGCUUUAUCAAAUGUGACUACAAACCAUUUGCAAUACAAGACAGGAUCGCCAUUACAAGUUCAAUCGCCUCACAACUUAAAAGUACAUCAACAGACGAGUGAUAUUAUCCACCAUGAUCAAAGUUCCCCUGCACAUGGUUGGUCAGGACCAUAUAGUCAGAGUUGCACUGCUAGCUUACAGUCAACAUCUACAAGGGUAACUAGCCUGAUCACCAGGAUCUCUUUAAAACAGCUACGUUGUUCACAUCACUUUGCACAACUACAUGUGAUUUUGCCAGAAGAUGCAAUUUGUGACAAUCAAAUCGAAAUUUCUAUUGAGCAUUUUCAGGAGCAGAAGAAUGUUGAUUCUGGUCGUCAGAGCCUUGCAGAUCACCUCCGUGCUUCUUGCUUGGUUAACGAUCUUGGCAUUCCUGAUAGACUCUCUGAAGACAUUGUGAGAUGCAUAUCUUCCAUUUACGGCAGACUUUGCAACCCCCUUCAUAGCCAAUUAGGCUUGACAGCUUCUCCUACUUCAUCCCUGUCAUCCUCUAGUAUAUUUUCCUCUCGUAACCCUUCUGAUAACUGGAGUCCGCAUUGCAAUGGAGAUGCUAUGUUUCAGCGUCAACUUCAAGGGUUGAAAGGAGAGAGCGGACCAUAUGAUACAAUGCUUGAAGUUCUGAACAUUUAUCUAGAUGAUGCUAGUUUCAAUUAUGCUGCCACCAUGCUAAAAAAUUUCAGGUCACUGGUUCAAAGGCUUGAGAAGGUGGAUCCAAGGAAGUUGAAGCGUGAAGAGAAGCUUGCGUUUUGGAUUAACAUUCACAAUGCCUUGGUCAUGCAUGCAUAUUUAGCAUAUGGGACUCAUAAUCGGGUGAAAAGUGCAUCCAUUUUGAAGGCAGCAUACAAUGUGGGUGGACAAUGCAUCAAUGCGUGCGUUAUACAAAGCUCCAUCUUGGGCAUUCGGUCACACUACUCAGAACCAUGGCUACAAGCAUUGUUUUCUCCAGGAAGGAAAUCUAAGACAGGGAAUAUCAGGCAUGUCUAUGCCUUGGAAUACCCAGAGCCACUCGUUCAUUUUGCGCUUUGUUCAGGGGCAUAUUCUGAUCCAGCAGUUCGAGUUUACACAGCAAAGAGUAUCUUUCAGGAACUCAAGGUUGCUAAAGAAGAGUUCAUUCAAUCCAAAGUUUUCGUGCACAAGGAGUCAAAGAUUUUCCUACCAAAAAUACUCUGGUACUUUGGGAAGGACAUGUCAAUAGACGCGGAUGGGGUGAUUGAGGUGAUAAGUGAGUGCCUGACAGAAGGGCAGCUGAAGGCUAUGAGGAAAUGCACGAGGGGGAAGGCUAACAAGAGCAUCCAUUGGUUGUCACAAAGCUCAUCCUUUCGGUAUGUGAUCCAUGGAGAAUUAGCAAAAGGGAGAACAAUGGUCUGAUCAAAGAACACUGCUACUGCCUGUAUAAUACAUGUCUGCAAAUUAUCAUUUUUUUCCCCUGAACAAAAUAACGAGCGAAUGUUGUAUAGAAACUAGAAAGUGUUAGUGGAAUUGUAGAGGUGGUUUUGCGAAUCUACAAUGGAACCACCCGGUAAAUUAACGUAAGUGUAAUUAUUAAGGAAAAUUCUAUUUUUUUUU